AUGUACCCUUUAGAACUCAGGCUUGGGAUGUCGCGGAUAGCCAACGACAGCAAGGACGGCGGCGGCGGACGCGUAACCAUCAUUGACAUUGUCCUGGCGAAGGCGCACGCGUGGGAGGGAAGCUUCCUUGCGACACUUCUACAACUUACGUGUGUCGUCCGUACUCCUCCGAUAGGAGAAACCAUCUGCCAAGGUCGAUCUUCGCCAAGGUUUUGUUCCAAAACGGGCAAAAAAACCGUUUUCGUGCUGUUCCUCCGCACGAGUGACGAACCGUGCAGCGGCAAUCCGCAGGAAGGAUCAACAACAUGCAUGCACACAGCAGCACUUCUCGACAUCGUGAAGUACAGGUUUUCCUUGGUGCGCGCCCCUUUGCUUCAGCGCAGCAUGAAGUUUUACAACCAGUCGCCAGCACCCCUUGAUUUAAACCUUCUCCAAUUAGAAAUGCAAAAUGAAGAUAACCGCCACAUGAUCGCCCCCCCGACCCUUUUUCUGGCAGCAGUGAGGUCGAAAGAUCACCAUCUAAAACUCUAUUUCUUUUUUAAUCAUCCGAGAUCAACAACGGCCAAGUCGAUGAUCAUUACGUGUGAUAGGAAGAGAAUGACCACCCUGCUGAAUGAGCUGUAA